CCCACCUCCACCUGUCCUUUUAAUCUCAUCACAUGUAAAUAAUUUGCUGUACGCAGAAAGCAUCGAAUUCUCCGUCACUCUCUCACUAGUGUGUGACUGUGUGUAUACACACACAUAUAUAUAUUAUAUAUACGUAUAUAUAAACCCUCACUCACUUUACGAAUUUGUUCGCCACAAUCAAUCAUACAGCAAAGCAGAUCGGAAAAAUCGGAUAACGAAACAGAGAAGAUGGGUUUGAAGGAAGAAUUUGACGAGCACGCGGAGAAGGCGAAGACCUUGCCCGAGAGUACUACCAAUGAAAACAAACUCAUUCUAUAUGGACUUUUCAAGCAAGCAACAGUUGGAGAUGUCAACACAAGUCGCCCCGGUAUUUUUAACAUGAGGGACAGAGCAAAGUGGGACGCAUGGAAGGCUGUUGAAGGAAAAUCAAAGGAGGAAGCGAUGGGCGAUUACAUCACCAAGGUGAAGCAGUUGCUCGAAGAAGCCUCAGCUUAGAGUUGAUUACUACGUCGAGUUAAGUUAUUUAUCUAGGAGUUAAGUGUGCCUUAAACACGAUAAAGGUCACUCUGUUUCUUUAAUUUCUCCAAUCUGGUCGGCAUCUUUCUUGACUUAUUAUUUAUGCUCGAAUUUAACGGGACUCUGUUAUUGAAAAAAUGCUGUAAUAGUUAUGCUUAUUAUGUUUUUUCUGUCUGGAUUGUCUCGAAAUAAAAUCUUGUAAUGUCCGACUGAGGUAUUUGUCGAUAUAUUUUUUUUAAUUAUUUA